CCACUCCUGGCUUCACUGACUGCUGCCCCUGUAAUAAACCACCCAGAAACUGAAUACCUCAAUAAAUAAAAAGAGAUCUCAUAAGAGGUGAGAUGAACCUUGAAGAGUAUUUUGCAAGAACUGGCUAUAAAGGCUCCACUGAAAAACAAGAUUUGGAAACCUUAACCGAUAUAUUCCAGCAUCACAUCCGUGCUGUUCCCUUCGAAAACCUCAGCAUCCACUGCAGGGAGAAAAUUACUUUGGAGUUGGAGCACGUUUACAACAAGAUUGUGCAGAGGAAGCGGGGUGGCUGGUGCAUGGAAAACAACCAGCUGCUGGGCUGGGUGCUGAGGGGCCUGGGGUAUGAGACCAGCUUCCUGGGAGCGUACGUGUUCAACCCCCACCAGAACGCCUACGCCACCCUCAUGACCCACCUCGUGGUAAAGGUCGUCAUCGAUGGCAAAGCCUACAUCGUUGAUGGAGGCUUUGGGGUGUCCUACCAGAUGUGGCAGCCCAUGGAGCUCGUGUCAGGGAAAGACCAGCCCCAGGCUCCCGGCAUCUUCCGCUUCACGGAGAAAAACGGUGUCUGGUACCUGGAGAAAAUGAGGCGGAAACAAUACAUCCCCAAUCAGAGCUUCUCCAGCUCUGAUCUGCUGGAGAAAAAAGAGUGUCGCAAAGUUUAUAUGUUCAGCCUUGAGCCACGGACAGUGGAAGAUUUCCGCUUCCAGUGCGCAUACCUCCAGACCUCUCCAGAUUCCCUCUUCACAAAGAAGUCCAUCUGCACCCUCCAGACCACCGACGGAUUCCGAGCGCUAAUUGGCUGGACGCUCACUGAGACCACGUACAACUACAAGGAAAACAUGGAUCUGGUGGAAUUUGUAACUCUUGAGGAUGAAGAGGUGGAAAAAACCCUCAAAGAGAAAUUUAACAUCACCCUAGAGAGAAAACUUGUCCCCAUUAAUGUUAAAGGAUCUUACACAAUCUAGAUGGCCAGGAAAACCUACAGUAAUGCUAUGUGUGUACAGCAGCUUCCACUGCCUGUGCAAUCCCUACUGCAAGGUUAUGGGAUUCUUUUGCAGGUGACUGAAGGAUAUAUACAUUAGUAUGAGAUUAAUGUGAAUUUCACUUUGGGAAAAAUCAGGAAUUUAAGACUCUUGAGUCAGUUAGGUAAAAUUAUUUGCUGGGAGAUGACUGCUGUUCAAUUUUUGGCACAAAUGUAGGAUUUGAUUUGAAUCUGGUUAUAAGCUUGGGUAAGAAAUAUGUCUGGGGAGUUUUGGACUGCCUGUGGCACAUGAGUAUGGAUUAUUAAUUGUGAUAUCCUGCCAACACAUUUUCUAAGGUUAUUAUAGGGAGACAAGUAAUCUGUGAGCAUUUAGACAAUGAAGUACACAUUUAAAACUUCAUUUUUCACAAGAUCCAACUACUCACAGCUCAUCUCAUUCCUCUUCCUUUAAUGUGAGUAAAACAUUGUCAUCUUGGAAAGGAGCAUUAGGAGGCAUAAUUCUUUCACCAUCAUCCUUAGACAAACCAUAGUACAAAAUAAAAAUCAUCACCAUGUGCAUCCCUCCAGCCACUGCUGCAGUAAACUGCCCCAAGUAAUUUUUGGUAUGUAGCUAUUCUUCUGGUGAUGAAAAUUCUAUAUAUUGCAGUGUUAUUGUGGCUGAUGGGCUCUAAAGCCGUAACUACUAAGCUUUCUUUCUGAGAUAUAAUCAUCCUAUAAACUGUGACUGGUACUUAAAUGUCACAGCUGGCUUAGAUUUACUUUGUCCCAAAAGGGGUGGAAAUUCUGUACUUUUAGGACUGCAUUAUAUUUGUAUAUGAAGCUAAGCCCACUAUACCCUUAAUUUUGUUUUGCAAACAUGAGUGUCCAUAUGGCUGUCCUGAAUGGGUACCACUUAGCACAGGAGCUUUAGUGCCAUUAGUGUCUGUUCAUCUGUAUCAAAGUGAAAAAACAACCCAAGGAGCCAGCCAAAUCUAAAGGAAACCUUUUCUUUUUUCACAAUCUUGUUUCCCCAUUUUCCAGAAAAUGUUGUUCCUCCUACCAUGCUUCUCUGAAAAAGCCCGGCCAAGGAAACUACUAAGAAAGGGGAAACAUUCUUAAAUGCAUCAAAAAAAAUAGCAGAAACACUGAAAAACACUCUUCUCUCAGUCUGUAAUAAGCCUGAGUAUCAGUCAAAUGUUGAUUCCUCCCACUGAACAGUCUUUUUGCUCAAAGACAUCAUCUGAUCAUUAAUCUCACAAAUGCUGUAAGUGUAUACCUGAAAAUAAAUAAAAGGAAAAUAAAGACAUUA